AAUAUAAAAAUAAAGUAGACAAAAACCCCACCAAAUCUAACUCCUUCAUAUUCUUAUUCUUCUUCCUCCAUAGUCCAUACUUCUCUGCUCCAUUUUUUUUGCAUUUUUUUUCAAAAUUUAUUUAUUUAUUUGUUUUAUUUUGUUCUUUGUAUUCAUCUUCAUUGAAUUUUCUGAGUAGGUAGUUGGACACCCUUUUAAGUCAAUUUUGAAUAUAAUUUUCAUUUUUAGCCCUUCUUCUGUGGAUCUCAGUCACACACUCUCUCCUUCUCUCUCCUAGUUUUGCAGGUAGAAUGGAAAGGAAGAAUUGGGUUUGAUCAAUGGAGAAGAAUUUGUUCUGUAGGGUACCUAACCCGGUAAUCCAGAGCCUACUAGACUUCGAGUUAUCUGCACCAGACUCGGAGAAAAGCUCUCCCAGAAAAUGCAGAGUAUGCAGUUGAACUCACCUCAAGUUGAGUGCUGAAGAAGUGUUUACAGUGAUCUGAUGUUGACAAACUUUGCAUAAUUUGGUUCAAUUAUAAGUCACAAAUAAUAUGCCUCAGGACAAAAGAAGAUCAAUUAGUUAUAGAUCAUUUGUGACAUGUGAUGAUCCAAAAGGUGUUGAAUGUGGGGCAAUUAGAAGAUCAAAGAUGAAUAAUAAUUCUCAAAAAAAGGAGCAAGAUUGUAUUAAUAAGGUUGAAGCUGACAGAAAGCAAAGAAAUCAUCAUCAAAACAACACAUCUUCUGUAGUUGUAGCUUCUUCUGUUAUUAAUAAGGAAGAGAGAGAUAACAAAAAGGAGAUGGGAGUUAGAGGGAUCACAAGGGCCGGGCUCGAAAACCCGGUUUCUUUUCAGCUACUAGAAGUCUCUAAAGAAGCUCAGAAGCUGAAUCAUGUGAUUGAUUCUUGGUCUAGUAGUAAUGACAAGUUGUUGUUGAAGAAGAAGAAGAACAAAAAUGAUACUAGUAUUGCCACAAAUUUGUUGAAAGGAGCUCUUGAUCUUCAAGAUUCGUUAGUCAUGCUAGGUAAACUACAAGAAGCUUCGAGUUAUAUGUUGGGUGUAUCGCGAAAACAGAAGCAAAAACUCGAGGAUGGUACCUUCGAUGGAAUGGUUAGUGGAGUGAGAGGGUUUCCAAGGGCUAUGAUUCAUCAUGUAGAUGCCUAUCCGAGGAAAUCGGUUGAUGAGAUGAAGAAUGUUGUUAGAGAUAGUCUUCUUAGGCAGAAUAUGAUAACAAAUCCUGUAUUUGAGGAGCAUUAUGAUCAUAGAAAGAUGACUAUGGCUAUGGCUUUGGCUUCAGCUUCUCCUGAUAUGUUGCCUUCUACAAGUACGAGUACUCAAUCCUCGAUGGUCUAUUCGAGUAAUUUCGUUCCCUCAGACUCUUCUGUUUCAUCAUCAAUGGCUUCUCACAGGAAAAAAGGAAAAGACUCAAAUGUGAUUGUUAGACUAAUGGGUUUAGAAUCAUUCCCUUCGAGUCCAAGGAAACACGCAGAGAGGGAGAAAUUACUGAACUUGGCAAAGCCUAUGUACGAUAUUGAUUCCCUGAGGGCCAAAAGACCUCAAUUUGGUGCUCAAGAGGUGGGUGUGAAGCAAAGAAGUAUGGAAGAAAUACUCGAGAAUUUGAAAUUCAAGGGUGUUCUUAGAAACAGUUCUGUGGAUGGUCUGACGAUUGAUUCCUCAGAGUCUGAUUUCUUCUCCUCCAAAAAUAGUUGGGAUGGCGAAAGACCUCCUAUUGUUCUAAUGAAACCUGUGCGCUAUCCCUGCCUAGAUCUAGAUGAGCUAAACAUGCCUAAGUAUUGGGGAGAAAGAGGCAUGAGGCCGAGAUACAGUGGAGGAUCGGCUCAAGAAAUUGUCAGAAAUGAAGCUGUAAAUUUCAGUCAGAAGAAUGAAUUAGCAGGAAGAGUUGACAGUGAAGAAAAAACUAAGUCCAUGACAAAAGUUGCAUCUGCUAAGGUUAAAGGUUCUGCCAACCUGCAACAGAAAUCACAGAAGAAUCAAACAGAUGUUAAAACAGCAAGUGAAGUUGCAAAGGCGACUCCUACUAGAAGGAAAAUUGAAGAGAGGAAAGAUGCAAAACCAAGUGAGCAAUUGAUUUCUGGGAAUCAGGAAAAAACUUCUACAGCAAAGAUUAGAAGACAAAAAGUUGGUAAAUCUAUGUCCAAAACCCAGACUUCUAGUCAACAGAGGACUACUUCUACUUCUGUGUUAGAUCACAAGAACCGGGGAACACUUGAGCGAAGAAAGAACAGACAUUCAGCCUUAGUGAUGGAGGAAAAGCGGAUUUGCAAAGGUGAAAACAAGGAAAUCAAAAUCUUAUAUGAAGAGAUUAUUGAUUCAACAGGUGACCGUACUUCUGAUUCCCCUGCAGUCAACAGCUUAACUGAUGAAAACAAUGACAGUGAAAGAUGUCAAAUUCAGAUCCAAGAUUGUGAUAUUGACAGUCAGAUAAAGCUGUUAGAUAUCCCAGAACGAAUUCCUUAUCUUCCGAAUGACAAGAAGAUUUCACAUUGUGAUGACAGUCAAAGUUGUUAUUCUGAAAUAACAUCAGUAUCUACCAGCGAAUAUUGCAACGUGGAUCAGCUCAGUGAGACUCAGAGUACUCUGCAUGAAGUUACCUUAAUUACAACCCAUGAAAAUGGUGUUGCAGUUCAUCAUUCUCCUAGUCAAGAAAGAACUAAAAGCCUCGAUGAUGAGACUUCGAGACAAUGUCUCACUCCCAGAACGAAGCUAAAAGCAUUGCUUCAAAGCAACUCAUUGUUUAUGAUCCAUGUAGAGGAGCUCUUCAAUAUCCAACUUAAUCCAGAUUCAGUUCCAUGUAUGGUUGAUGACAAUGAUCAAGACUCUGAAAGCACUUUAUUACUGAUAGAUUGUGCAAAAGAAGUCUUGGAACUUAAAAGCUCGCAGUUCUUAAAAGCACGUCUGCCUCUUCCAUGGGUCUACGCAACGAAAACACAAAGUUUUCUCUCCUUGGAUCGGCUGUUAGAGGAAGUAUGCAACGAAAUUGAAGACUUACGACUCUAUUCAAACCCGGUGAGUGAUGACUUACCAUCGGAUGAUAUCUAUGAUUUACUAGACCGAGAUUUGAAGUGCAAGAGCGGAACAUGGGGAGUCGGUUGGAGGAGUAUGUUUACUCUAGAUGAAGUUGAGCAAGUAAUAGGUGAGGUUGAUAAGUUUGUGUUAAACAAGUUGAUUGAGGAGGUUGUUUUAGAUUUCAUGCUAUAGUAUAUACUAUAUAGUUUCCCAAUUAACCUUUAUGAGUUUAUUUUUAGAAAUAGGGUAUAUAUUUAUAAUUAUACACUAAAGUUUGUAAUUAAGCAUCAUAAUUGUUGAUAGAACAGGUGGUUGGCCAAGCAAAGGGGACUUUUCCCAGAUAUUUUGCUUUAACUGAGGAGAUUAAGGUUAUUACCACCUAAAUAAUUAUUGAAUGAUUCUUUAUACUUUAUUCUUUA